AUAGAUUCAAAUUCAAUUAAUUCAAACAACUUAAUGUGGUGAAGUCGUUUGUGCGGUUAAGGUUAGACUCAUGGAGAUAAUAUAAAGAAAAUAUCGCUAUUAAAUAAUCCUUUAUAUACCGUAGAUACUCGUGUGCGAUAACAGUGUCAUGUGAGAAUGAGAGUAGCACCAUGUGUAGUCUAAUGGAUCAAAGAGGUUGUUGUAAAAAGUUUUAACGAAAUUUUGUGUUCUGUGCGACGUCUAUUGUAAAGUAUUCACAAAUUACUGGAAAAUGUAUCGCGUGGUUUUAAGGCGAUAUUUCUUACGUUAUAGGUGAUAUUUUUUUUCGUAAAAAUGUUCAGCAGUUCGACGGCAUGUCGUAUGGCAUCGUUCUUCAUUGGUGUUACACAAGUAUGCUUUAUGCCUGCGCCCGUGGGCGACUGCAAGAACUGCUGUCCAAGGGACGACAAGAUUGAUAUACAAUAUAAAUUAUUUACUAGGACUAAUCAGAAUUUCUUCGACAUUAUCGAACCUGGCAGUCCAAAUGCAUUGUCUCGGACUCGUUUUAACACAACGAGACCUACCGUCAUAUAUUUAUUUGGAUUCUCAGAAGCCGCUACCGGUCCAAGUACAACCAAUUUAAAAAAUGCGUUUCUUGCAAAGGGUGAUUAUAAUUUCAUCGCCGUUGACUGGUCCCGACUCAUCGUUUUUCCAUGGUAUAUAUCAGCGGUGAGGAAUACCCGGUACAUGGGACAGCGCCUUGCAGAUUUCGUAGAAUUUUUAAAUUCUUCCGGAGUCCCAGCUGGUUCGUUGCACGUUAUAGGGUUCUCGUUGGGCGCAGAAGCCGCUGGAUUCGCCGGAAAGACCCUUAACGCAAGGGGCUUGAGAUUAGGAAGGAUAACGGGUCUUGAUCCAGCGUACCCUGGCUAUAGCUUAGGUGGAAAAGACAAUCAUCUCGCAAAAGGUGAUGCAAUAUUUGUAGACGUUUUACAUACAAAUCCCGGAAUAUUCGGAUUUCCGCAGGCGAUAGGUGACGUGGACUUUUAUCCUAAUCCCGGAAUGUGGAUACAGCCGGGAUGCUGGGUCGACGAGUUGCUGAAGAAUAGAGAGUUGAGUUAUUUUUAUGGUUGCAGCCAUAACCGUUCUUGGAGAUUGUAUGUGGAGUCUAUAAAAAAUCCAACAGGAUUUCCAGCUACGUUAUGCCGUGAUUGGAAGAGUGCCACGGCGUCAUGUCGCUUUGAAAUCGACGGAUACAUGGGUUUUGGGGCACAGCCGCCGAUGACUGGGAAAAUGUACUUAUCCACCAACGAGAAACCGCCAUUUGCAAAAGAAGGUCCAUAAAUAGUCAAGAAUUUAUUAAAUAAUAAAGUAAUGAGUAAAUUGUUUAAAAAUGUUCAUUUUUUUAAUAAAAGCUAUCAGAAG